UGUGUGGUAGGAACAAGCAGCUGAAGGGUGUUUUCUGACCGUGAUUGUUUUGCAAGACAGAUGGAAAUAUGGGAUUCCUGGGUAUGAUGAGUAUGGCAAGAUGGGUUUAAUUUAAGUAGUGUACCAAAUAAAGAGCCAACGGUCUGCAACGGCGUUAGCCUAUCUGACGGUUCUUCUGUGCGGCGGUUGGCGACAAGGUGAGGAUGUGACCAACGCCGUUUGGUUUGUUCGUUCGCUCUCGCUCUGAAUCCUCGAAUCUGACGUAAAGAAUCCAUGGCGGAGCUCUUUACUUGCUGCUUGGCAAUUUUCCUACCAAGUUCAGCUCAGUCUCCUAACCCCAAGAGGCCGCCAGGUGUGCUAUACCAACCAUCUCUUCCUCUGAUACUCUGAGGGUAAUAUAUACCGAGUGUUUGAAGGCUCCAACCAGAAUCUGGAUACUAUCUCGAUUUGGUGAACAAUGGCGGGACUCAGGAUAGGCUGGGGCAGCGCUCUGCUGGUCCUUGCUGUCAUUCUUAUCGUUCUUCCCGGUCAGGCCGCCGCGUUUGGUGCUGGGAACAUUCCCUCUAUUGCCCAAGUUGAGGGGCAUAACUGGAGACAUGGAGAUAUCGAGGACACACUCAAGGACAUCGCUUUCUUGUAUGGCAAAAAAUGGACCACCAUGAUGGUUGGCCGUGUCUACUUUGGCAACUGGCUGAGAGACUAUUCGCAAGCUGUUGAUGUUGGCAGUUUGAAGGGCGUCAAUGCCGCUACCAUCAGAAUUAUUGUUUGGGUCCUCUCCUUCAUGGCCAACGGCUAUGCCACCGAGGAAUUCGAGGUCACCGAAGAGCGCCUGGGAUGCUAUCGUCCUGAGGAGCAUAUUGACAACCCCAAGGACUACGCCGACAACCAGGAUGCUCGCAAAUAUGACACCAGACUCCGAGGGCCUGUUGAUCCCCGCGAGCUCGAAAUCGAUCCCCGUACUGGCAUGAAGAACUACAUCGCCAACGAGAGCGGCGGAUGGGCCACCAGCGCUGGUUAUCUGAGAUGGAGCUUUGCCCGCGCCAUCCACUUUGGCCGUCUCUACACAAGUGGUACCACCCACAAGGGAAGGGAGUCUGAUCUCUGCGAGGCCCUCAGAUGUCUGGGCCAGGCUCUCCACUGCAUGGAAGACUUCAGCGCUCACAGCAACUACUGUGAGCUUGCCCUCAUCGAGCUCGGUUAUCACAAUGUGUUUGCCCAUUGCGGUUCUUCUACCCAGAUCAACCUUAACGGCAAAAGAGUCUACCCUUUGGUAACCGGCACUUUUGGAGCCGUGGACUUUUUGCACUCUGUGCUUGGCGAGGCCACCGACCACUUCACCCAAUCCGAAGUCGACGAGAUCGACAUCGCCCUCAAAGCCGCCGAGCAAAACAGCGACAGCCCCUCCGGCCAGCGCGGCUUCUUGGGCUCCAGCUCCUCCGGUCCCGACUUCAUCUCCCUCGUCAGCCAGCUCCCCAGCGUGGGUGAUGGCUUCGCCUCCCAGGCCAGAAGCCUCAGGGCCGCCUCGGCCGCCCAAGAGCAGCAAAACAUGCAGCAGCUCACCCGCGACAACGUCAACCAAGUCCCCGGCAUGAGCCCCAACUUUGACCCCGUUAAGGUCUCGGGACAGAUCUACCCCAUCCUCGAGUUCCGCGACAAGAUCGUCCGCUCCAUCAACAAUAUGAUCUCCAAGAUCCCCGGGCUGGAGUCUCUUUUGGAGAAAAUCAGCGAGACGCUGACGGCGUUCAUCCUGGGGCUCCUCGCUCCGUUCAUCAGACCCAUCAUCCAGCAGGUCUCCAAGGUCUUGAAGGACGGGUCGACCGGUCUUAUCGAGUCGAGCGCCAACGCCCAGCUAGAGCCGUGGAAUAACCCCCGCUGCAACGACCCCACCCACUCGAUGCUGUCAAAAGACCACUUUACCAACGUGCUCAACUCGUGCGCUGGGCGUGUUUCCGUCACAAUAGUUCAAUAUGUCGUUCCCCGGAUCCUCUACGCCUUUGAAAACCCCGGCGUCCCCGUCGACGAAGUUUUGAACGACAUCCUCCGCGCCUUCCACCACCCAGCCGCCCGCGACGAACGGGUUGAGAUUCAUCGCAACAUGUUUGAGACUGUGCGCAAGUGGACGCAGGAGACGAAGCACAGGCACGAGCUCAACUCCCUUUUGUCUUCUGAAUCGGUCAAGAAUCACCAUAACCACAUCCUCGCGAGCAAUUCCAGCAGUGGUUCCCGUAGUGUCUCAGCCCCUAGCCACGGAGGUAACGGUUGUGAUCAUGGUCACGGCCGUCCGGCGGGGUCGUUGUGGGAGCAGGUUAAGAAGCAGCAGGCUGAUGCACGGUAUUCGCCUCGGCCGGGGUCAUCUGGUGGUGGGUAUGGGCAGAGGCCGGGGUCGAGUGGGUAUGGGAGUGGUGGUGGGGGGUCUUAUGGCAGGCCUAGUCCUCAGCCGGGGUAUAGCGGUGGUGGUGGGCAGGGGGCAUAUCCGCCUCAGCAACAGCCGCAGUAUGGUGGUGGUGGUUAUGGUGGUUACCAGCAGCCGCCGCCGCCGCAUCAUCAUGGGCAGUAUGGAGGUGGUUAUCCUGGACAGCAUCCGCCGCCGCCGCCUCAAGGAGGGGGGUAUCCGGGGCAGCAGCCGCCUCAGUGGGGGGGUUAUCAACGGUAUUAAAGGGGUUGAUGAUUGAUGAUGAUAUGGCUGUGUUAACGGUGGAAAUGGGGGGGCAAAGAUACCAGGGGAGGCAAAUGUUUCAAUGAUGUUAGCAAAUAAUGAUGGAGAAUAGUUGCAUCAAUCCAUCUGUUUUUUUGUGUUUCUUGUAAGAGGGGAGUUUCCUGUAUGUGUUUUAAAGUAGAAUGAAAUGAACUGCCAUGUCAUGAACAACGCCCUCUGUUUUAGUUCUUUC